AUGAGCUCAAAAACGCAAUACAUUAUCUCCACAAAAACCUAUCAAAAGAUCAUUCUACACGCUGUAAAACAUCCAUUUACUACUGUAAAUGGAGUAUUACUAGGCAAAUAUAGCGCUGGAAAUAGCGAAGAGGUAACAGUAACUGAUGCUAUUCCGUUGUUUCAUCAUUGGACUACCUUGACACCGAUGCUUGAAGUUGGGUUGCAACAGGUAGAUAUAUAUGCAGCACACCAUAAAAUUCGUAUAGUUGGCUAUUAUCAUGCAAAUGAAAAUAGCAAUGAUAAAUCAUUGCCAGCGUUUGGCUCGAAAAUUGUUUCAAAAAUUCGCGAAAGUUUUACAGAUGCUAUUGCUCUAAUUAUUCAAAAUACAAAACUAUCAUUAGAUUCCCCCGAAGUUGCAAUACUGCCUUAUAUAUUUCGUGAGAAUCAAUGGCAUCAAAAAGCGCAAAUUAAAGCUAGCGACUCGAUAAAACAUCGGCAUUAUGAAUACUUAUAUGAUUUCGAUGAACAUCUUGAGAAUGUAGAGUUAGAUUGGCUGCAUAACGAGACUUUAGCGGCUCUGAUUAAAAUAUAG